AUGGCAAACGAUAUGAUACUCACUGAAACAUUUUCCCCUUCCGGCAAUUGUAUUACUAUUGAAAGCGGCGGUAGAAUUUUGGGUCGAGUCACUGAAUUAAUUACUGCCAAAAUCGGAGGUGAUGACCAAACCAAAGGAAUUUUAUCAACCAUAAUUACGGUUGCUACCACGGUAGGAAUAACUGCGGCCACUGCUGGGGCGGGAACACCGGUGGCGGCUACGGUGGCGGCCAAAGCAGGAGUAGGUUUAGCAGGAGGAAUGGCUCAACUUGCCGCUAACCACUUGAUGCAUACUCCUCAAUAUUCUGAAACCAAAGAAACAAUGAGUUUUAACGAAUUUCGUCACAAGUAUGUAUUGAGUGGAAGCAGACCGAUUUCCUUAGAAUUAGAAUAUAAUCGAGAUUUGGCUAAUCAAUAUUUAAACAAAAGGGAAUUGAAAGGUCCAAUGCUCUAUUCUUAUAGAAAUUACCAAUACUUCGGUAAUUUGCUAACUAGACAGCCCUCUAACCCUAGUUAUCUUUUAAAAGCCUCGAUAAUCACUUGA